UAUAUAGUAGGCAAAGUAGUGCUUUUUGCAUACUAUAUAGUAUGAUAGUAGGCGAUUUCGGACGCAGCAAGUGUUUCGAAAGCGACGAUCACUAAUUGUAAUUGCUUACAGGAAAGUUUGAUUGACCAAAAUGGCAGGAAAGGGCAGAGGUAUAGCAGCUUUCACCUUCAACCUAGAGGCCCUGGGCAUCACCAGAGGAUCCAUGCCAGAAGCCCAAAGAGGACCAGCUCCAAUCUUCCCACAAAUUGAAUAUAAACCAGGGCCUUUGAAAGCUGGAGAAGAUGAAGACUACAUAAGAGCUUUGAAACAAGAAAUGAGGGGACGAAUGAAAGAUCUCCCUUUCAACGUAAAGCCCUACGAAAAAAAGAGUAAUGUAGAGCGCUACAAGGAAAAAUAUGCAAAGGAAAUAAAAAAAAUUGAGGAUAGCGAUUGGACACCAGAAUGGAACCGUCUUCCAAAAGAGCUGAAGCCACAGAAGAUAAUGAAAAAGAAAACAGAUUCAAAAAAAUCCAAAGUGCUCACAAAUAAAGACAAGGAGGAUGUGCUGACUAAACUGGAUGAACUUGAAAAGAAGGGAGACGUCAACUCAGAUGAGGAAGAUGACGCAAAAGUAGAUAAGAAAGGAGAGGGUGAGGAAGAACUUGAAGGAGACUUAGAUGAAGAAGAGAUUGAAGAGGAAAAUGACUACAUAGCAAACUACUUUGAAGAUGGUGAUGAUUAUGGAGCAGGAAGUGAUGACAACAUGGAUGAGGCUACUUACUAGCAAAUGAAAAAGUUUGUUAAUUUAAAAUCUAAUUAUACAAAUCGGAAUUAUACAAAAGAUGUUGGACAUCAAUACAUAUGUGCAUGUAUUAUUAAUUAACACUAAAUUUAAUUAAUACACAAGCUUAAACAAAGCUUUAAUGCAUAUAAAAAAAACAUUUAGAUACUAAAAUAUAGUUCCUUUAUUUUCAACCUGCAUCUACAGAAUACAGGAUGAAGGCACAUGUUCAAAAUCGUUUCAAUAAAAUGUUUAAACCUC